AUGGAGAAGUCCAAGCAGACAGGCCUAGCCGGCAAAUUGGAGAAAAAGCGCAAGAGGCAAAUCGACGAAUCUACCAAGCAAGAUCGAUCAGACGCAUCCUCCAAUGUCGCCCCAGCUAAUUCGACAAAUGGCCUGAAUAAAAAGAAGCGCAAGAAGGCGAAGCAUUCCAGCGGGCAGCCAGGCCAGGAUGUGAAGAUGCAAGAUCGCAAAGACGGCAUCGACGAGUCUAUUGGGAAGAUGGAUGGAAGACUUUUGUCUGAUUACUUUGCCCAGCGGGCACAGAAGUUGAACAAGGAACUGUCUGCUGUGGAAUUAAACGAUAUCUCAGUACCAGACUCCGCAUUCUUCGAUACUACUGCCUUCACUGAGCCUCGGACGCUGGAGAGACUUCCCGAGUUUCUCAAAAAGUUCUGUCCCAAUGGUAUCGACCUCUCUAAGUCCUCAGAGCAGAAGGGUACCCCGCAUACACUCGUCAUUACUGCCGCCGGUCUGCGAGCAGCUGAUAUUGUUAGGUCUCUCCGACCUUUCCAAAAGAAGGAAUCCAUUGUUGGAAAACUGUUCGCCAAACAUAUCAAGCUGGAUGAAGCUAAACAGUUUCUUCAACGUGCACAAAUGGGUAUUGGUGUAGGAACGCCAUCGCGAGUUUCUGAUCUGAUUGAAUCCGGCGAUCUCAAAUUGAACGACUUACAACGCCUUGUCAUUGACGGUUCGCAUAUUGACCAGAAACAGCGCGGAAUCUUCGAUAUGAAAGAUACCCAUUUUCCCCUCUUGAAGCUGCUCACUUGUCCUGACCUACGUGAGCGCUAUGGGGCAGGAAGAACAGGAAUGCGGAUCUUGAUGUUCUGA